UUAAAAAAUUUCCAUUCCCAUUGAGCGUUUCAAGCAUCCUGAUAAGAGGCGAAGAAAAGUUAUAUAUUUGUUGGAGCAGUUUGCGGCAAGUUUAAAUCGAACAGGUGCAUGGCAGUGGCGUAACUCAGUGCUUAAAGUGAAUGUACCAAUUUUUGGGCAAAUCUUCAAAGCUGCAUAAUUUUGAGUUGUUAGUUUUUCUAUAAUUAUGGCAAUGCUGUUAAGGACUAGAACCCGGAAAGUCGCGCUUCGACUUAGGAUUAUCUGCAUUUGCACCGUCAGUUUCGUGUACUUAGUUAUUGCUCUGCUCUCUAAUAGCAUUAGCAACCCUCAUGCAGUGAAAGAAAGUUCGGGAUACCCGAUGUUUACCUCUCGACAUUUAUUGGCGUUAAAUUCGAUAAACGAUUCUAAUCCUGGCCAAUUCAAUGAAAUAUUCGAUUUAAAACCUUCCACUUUGAGUUGGAAUGAAAGUAGAAAUUGUACCCCGGCGGCCCUGAAUGAGUUUCCUUCGGAUGGGUUAACCAGAGAGCAACGCCAGCAUGGGUGGGUGAUAAUCCAUGUGAUAGUGGUAUGCUAUUUAUUUAUAUUUUUAGCAGUAGUUUGCGAUGACUAUUUCGUGCCGUGUAUAAAAAAGUUGUGCGAUGUUCUACAAUUAAAGGAAGACAUUGCAGGGGCGACUUUUAUGGCAACUGCCAGCUCCAGUGCGGAAAUUUUUGUUAACAGCGUUGGCACUUUUAUAACAGAGGGUGAUUUAGGGUUGGGAACCAUUGUGGGAUCGGCUGUUUUCAACAUACUGGCUGUACCAGCAUGUUGUGGCUUCUUUGGAAAUAUGGCCUUCAGGCUGGAAUGGUUUGCCUUAACUCGCGAUAGCGCAGUUUAUGGUUGUGCGGUGAUCAUCCUUAUUUGCUUUUUGCAAGAUGGAAUUAUUUACUAUUCGGAAGCCUUGACUCUAAUGGUGCUUUAUCUAGGCUACCUCUUAGUGAUGGUCUUUAAUGACACUAUUAGUUCCUGGUUUCAUAGAACCAUCGCCAAAUUGAGGAAUAGACGCUUCUAUAAGGAAGUGAUGGCAGAAAAUCAGCCGCUCCUGCUAAAAGCAAACGAAAAACUCAACAAUAACUACAGUGAUUCUGUAGUUGAAUUUUUCCUUUCCGAUGUGACUCUCAAAGAUAUUGAGCAAUCAGAGUCGACUAACAUAUGGAGUUGGCCUAAGGAAGACACGAAAAAGACCAAACUUUGGUGGAUUUUCACCUGGCCUAUAUCUUUCGUGCUGUUCCUUACAACGCCAACAAUAAAAAAAUAUCCCAAAAUGUACAUUGUCACAUUUGCAAUGUGUGUAGCUUGGAUUGGAACGGUCUCUUAUGUGGUUGCUUGGUUAAUUACAAUCAUUGGUGAUACGCUGAACAUUCCAGACUCUGUUAUGGGACUAACAUUUUUAGCUGCUGGAACCAGCGUACCAGAAGCUGUUUCUAGUGUGCUGGUUACAAAUCAAGGGUAUGGUUCAAUGGGAAUAAGUAGUUCGAUUGGUUCGAACACUUUCGAUAUUCUCCUUUGCUUGGGGCUCCCGUGGUUUAUCAAGUCUGCCUUUUACCCUAAAGUGCCAGGCCAACAUUGGAUCACAAUAAAUUCACAAGGGAUAAAUUACAGUGCUGUUUGUUUAUUGACCACUCUUGUCCUGUUCUAUCUCAGCAUCUGUUUCAACAAGUUUCAAUUGGAUUGGAAGAUUGGUCUAGUAUGCCUCGUAAUGUACGUUGGGUUCGUAAUAUUUGCAACCCUAGUCGAGCUCAACGUUUUCUUCAUAGUGAAUCUACCGACGUGCAGUAGAUAACGAUUAAUCCAGUAACCCAACGAGUAAACCUAGUAAUAAGACUUUUACAUGCGUAUUCCUGCUUAAUAUUUAAGUUGGCAUUCGCACUUGCCAUGUGAAUAACUAAUGAGAUAAACCUAGAUUUUUGUAAAAAAAACUUAUUUGAAAUAAAUGAUACAUGACUGAAAUUACAUUAAAAUAAAAAAUA